ACUCUGAUGUAUGAUCUAUGAAUCCCACAUAACGUCUGUGGAAUCAGCUCUUGAUAAAUUCCCGGAAGCCAGAGUUAUACUGUUAGGAGAUUAUAACCUGACUAACACCACUUGGGAUAGCGACGAGGAAGAUGGACACCUUACUACUUUUUGUAAUCGCAACCGCAUUUCAGAGCUUAUAUGUGACGCAUUCAACCUGUUCGGCUUCCAUCAAUUCAACUCAAUCAACAACCGGGUGAAUGACAAUAUCCUUGAUCUAGUCUUUUCUAACUGUGAUACUUCCGUUUCUAACUGUGAUAUUAAUUUAGUUAACUGUGAUUCCUACCACCCAGCACUUAGUGUAGCGCUUCACACCCACCAAGGUUUCUUCAAGUGUGAUGACUCGAAUCAACAACCAGUCUACAAAUUCAAUUUCUCGAAGGCUCCUUAUGAUCAAAUCAAUGACUACAUUCGUUCCGUGGACUGGCAUUCACUAUUUUUCAAUGGAGAUUUGGAAUCAAAUGUUGAAAACUUUUACACAGUCAUCUACGACAUUUUAAAUGUAUGUGUUCCAAAAAUUAAAUGUUUUAAAUCAACGUACCCGCCAUGGUUUAGUAGUAAACUACAUAAGCUGAUUAGGGAUAAGAAGCUCGCCCACAAAACAUAUAAAGCAUCUAAGAGCAACAUCGAUUAUCAAGUUUUUACAGAGUUGCGAACUCAGUGUAAAUCCUUGACCACACAGUGCUAUGACACCUUUAUUAAAACCUGUGAAGAAAAUGUUACUUUAAAUCCGAAGUCGUUCUGGAAAUUUUAUCAUAAUAUGAACAAAACUUCUAUUAUCCCCCCUUUGAUGAUAAAAGAUGAUGAGUCCACAUCUGACCGUCGUGAAAUUGCCAAUCAUUUUGCCAAACACUUUUCUACAGCUUUCGUGGAGGGCCGCAUUCACGAAAAUUCGUUCUCCACGACCAGUGAAAUCGCGCUCGCGCAGUUCAAAAUAACGGCUGAGGAGGUUUUUGGCGGUCUAUCAGCUAUUGAUGAAUUUGGAAGCACAGGACCGGAUGAAAUUCCACCAAAAUUUCUCAAGAACUGUGCUCAAUCAAUAUUCCGACCAUUGUUCCUUUUAUUUUCAUCUUCGUUGGAGAAAAGUGUUUUUCCGAGUGCCUGGAAGAAUUUGAAAAUUACACCGAUUUUCAAGAAUGGAAUCAAGCCCGAUUACAAUAACUACAGACCAAUAUCCAUCCAGUCGGCUAUACCGAAACUUUUCGAAUCCAUAGUUGUCCGGCAGUUCACCCAGGCCUUCUCGCAAGUGUUAUCGGUUAAUCAACAUGGUUUUACAAAAGGAAGAUCCGUGGAAACAAACCUGUUUCUAUACUUGAACCGGAUUUUUGGUUCUCUUGAUCAAGGUAUUGAAGUGCACUCGAUCUACACAGAUUUUUCCAAAGCAUUUGACCGGGUUAACCACAAAUUGCUGAUAUUCAAGCUAAAAAAGUACGGUCUAGGUAACCAAGCAGUGAAAUGGUUGGAAAGCUACUUAGCUGGUCGUAAAGCACGAGUCCAAAUCGAUGACACUUUGUCGGAUCCCAUUGACAUCAAAUCUGGAGUUCCGCAAGGGACACAUUUCGGCCCGCCUUUGUUCCUGGCAUACGUCAACGACAUAUCUUCGAUAUUCUCCUCAAAUCAUGCCCUUUUUGCUGACGAUCUUAAGCUCGACUACAGACCUAUCGAGAACACCCUGGAUGUGCUGAUCCUUCAACAAGAUUUGGUACAACUUGAAAUAAAUCAUCGCCUUCUGUUCCGCUCUACCAUCUUUGUGGUCAAGAACUUCAACAUAUGGGCAUCAUCAAGGACCUGGGGGUAGUACUUGACACAAAAUUGAAUUUCCAGCAUCACUACGAUCAUGUUAUUU